CCGCUGUGCGGAAGCGGCCUCGCCACAGCUUCCUGUGCUGUCCCCGCUCCCGGCCCUGCUCAUCCUGCCGCUCCCGGCUGUCCGGCGGGGCUGUGCCUGUCCCCCCGUGUCCCCCUGGCCCGCUCCAGCAUGUGGCUGCCGCUCGUCCUGCUGCUGUUGCUGCCCGCGGUCCUGCCCGCCCGGUGCUGCGGUGAGUGCGGCCCCGGCCCCAAAUUGCCCGGGACCCCCUGAGCUCGGGGGAGGUCCCCGAGGAGCGGGGCUGGGAGUGAUGAGCCCCAUCUCCAGACCCUCGGACGGCGACUCCUGGCAGUUCUCGGUGACCAUUUCUCCGGGGCUCAGAUCCCCACAAUCCAGCCCCUGCAAGUCCCUCCCCUGCCCAGAGCCAGCCCGUGCCCCCCACCCCUCCAUGGGUCCCUGGGGACAGGGGUGUCACCCCAGCCCCCUGCCACCCCCUCGGGUUCUCUGGGCUCCUGCUCCACGUCGCGUCUCUUUGUUUCUUCCUCUCUUUUUUGGUGGGAAAUCUGAAGGUUAUGGGAUUUGGGGGGAUGCGGAGGGUGUGGGUUGCACAGAGGCGUGGGUGCUGGGGCACCGCACAGCUUUGAGGGGUCUGUGGAGCUGCAGGGCCAUGCCUGGGGUGGGUCUCGGCCCUCUCGUGCCCCCUGACCUGCGCUGCCUCUCCCCGGCCGGGGCAGAGGUCCCGGAGGGCUCUGCGGGUGCCGUGCGGGCACUGAGUGCGCGGCUGCUGGGGCUGGCGGGGGACCCCGCGCGGGACCCCGACCCCUCCGUGUACCUGGCCCUGCGCCUGGCCCGCGAGCAUGACCCGCAGCUGGAGCAGCGGUACCUGGAGCGGCUGCAGGACGCAUUCCGGCACCCCUAUGGCAGGAGCCUGCAGGCCCACGGCCACUCCCGGUGGAAUGCUGAGCACAGCACGAGCGUGGCAGAGCCCCCGCAGACGGGGAGGCUGGCACUGUACCUGCUGGGGCUGCGGGCCACCUGUCCCUCACCCCAUUCCCAUCGCACGCUGGUGACGUGGCUCAAGUACUAUCUGGAGGAAGACUGGAUAGGCUCCUGGCAGGACGGCCACCCCCUCACCACUUACUACCAGUACGGGCUGGGCAUGCUGGCGCUGUGUGUGCACCACAAGCGGGUGCGGGAGGGGGUGAUCCGGCGGCUCCUCACGGCCCAGAACUAUGGAAAGCUCGGGCACCAUGGCAAUCUUGUGGACACCAGGGCCGUGGUGGCACUGGCCUUCACCUGCCUGGAGCAGAGGAGGUUGGUGGACACCGACCUGGCGGCCGAGCUCCGGGUGGCCGCACACAGUGUGAACAGGGGCCUGGCCGAGAUCCAGGGCUCCAACGGCAUCAUUGGCAACAUCUACAGCACCCCAUGGGCCCUGCAGGUGUUCCUGGCCACAGGCACGUGCCAGACGGAGUCAGCGUUCAGCCAGGGCAUGGCUGCACUGCUGGAGAACCUGGAAGCCUUUGGCACUGCUGCCACCAUGGCCCAGGUGCUGCCGGUGCUGCACGGCCGCUCCUACCUGGACAUUGCCUCCAUGCACUGCCAAGACGAGCCAGGCACGCUGACACCCCUGGACAUGGAGCCCCUGGCUGAGGUGCCGGGGAACAAGAUGGUGCAGCUGGUGGUGGAGUGUCCCCUGCCCUGGUGCUAUGAGCUCCGGCUCUACGACCGCCCUGUGCUGGUACCCGCCUCCGCCUCCCUCCUGGACGUGCUCCAGGCGGCUACUGCCCUGAAGCCCCAUAUCUUCAAGUUCCACACUCAGGACACUCCCCAGGGCCCCUUCCUGACCCAGGUGCUGGGGCUGGAGGCCCGGCAGGAGAAGCGGAACUACUGGCAGCUCCUGACGGCGCCCGACACGCCCCUGCAGAUGGGUAUCGCUGACUACAGACCCAAAGAUGGGGAGACCCUCAUUCUGCGCCUCAGCGAGUGGUAGAGGGUGGGGGUUGAUGGCAAUGAAACCCCCACUGUGGGCACAGGA